UGUUUAAUCCUGACUUCUCUGCCCCUCCUCUUGUUCAGAUGUCCACACUGAUAAGACAGACUGAACCCGUAACCCUUCUGCACAUGCUCAGUUUUUUUUAUUUUUCUUGGGAGAGUGCAUGUAAUCAGCAAAGGACCAGUCAGCACUGUCCAGACAGAGGUCAGGGGUUCUGCAUCCUAGAGCAGAAAGAAAACUCCUCCUACAAGCUUUAACCGGUGCUCAGCUGAAGUCACAAGAUUGCUCUAACUACUGAUGAGAAAAGGUAUUUAGCAGUUUAUAUUUACAAA